AUGGAUGGACAAGUUAGAAGUUUUCAGAGGAUGUACAUGUGCUUCAAAGCACAAAAAGAUGGUUGGAAUGCUGGAUGUAGACCCCUGAUUUGUUUAGAUGGCUGCCAUAUCAAAGGCCAUCAUCCUGGACAGCUUUUAACUGCAGUUGGCAUUGAUGCAAACAAUGGGAUGUACCCUAUUGCCUAUGCACUUGUGGAAAUAGAGGAUCAAGCUACUUGGAUCUGGUUCCUUGAAUACUUGAAGGGUGAUUUGGGUAUAGAAAACAGCAAGAGGCUUGUGUUCAUGAAUUGUGUUUGGCAUUUGUACAACAACUUCAAGGGUAAGAAUCCAGGAGAGGGACUGAAACAGUUAAUGUGGAAUACAACAAGAAGUAGUACUGAAACUUGGUAUAAGAAGCACAUGGAUGACUUGAAGAUGUUGAGUCCUGAUGCAUUUAACUGGUUUCAUGACAAACCUCCAAGACAUUGGAGUAGAGCUUUCUUUGUUGAUGACUCAAAGUGUGAUAUCCUCCUCAACAACCUGUGUGAGUCCUUCAACCAUGCCAUCUUACCUUGUAGGGAUAAGUCUGUUCUUACCAUGUUUGAGAAGUUGAGGAUGGAUAUGAUGGUGAGGAAUGCAAACAUAAGGGUUUCUUGUGAGCAGUGGAAGGGAGUCGUUGGUCCUAGGAUAAAGAAGAUAAUAGUUAAGACUGCAGAGAGAGUAACACAGUACAAAGCACAUAGGAGAACUGAGUACAGCUACCAAGUUACUGGAACAUGGGAAAAUGGCAGCAAGCAUGCAGUGGACUUCGGUCUUCAUACAUGUACUUGCAGAAGGUGGCAGCUUAGUGGCAUACCUUGUGUACAUGCCCUCUGCGCAAUAAGAUUCAAGAAACAUGAUCCUGAUUUGUAUUGUGAUGACUACCUCAUGGCUUCUACCUAUUUGCAGACAUAUACACCUGCCAUAAGCCCCAUUGCAGGGUAG